AUGGCGGGGGGCCCGCUGUGGCCACCCAGGUAUCCACCCAUGGGAUCUCCUUACUUCGUGCCUUUCCUGGGAGGCUGUCCACCUGAGGCGCCGGGCGCGUGCCUGGCACCCAGCGCGCAGGCAGUGAAAAAGGGCAAGGCGAACAUCGUACAGUUCGAGUGGAACGGCUGCACAUUCUACCGCUACAUACCCGAAGGGACCAAGGGACCAACCAGCCGCCACAUGAUACCAGGUGAGCCACCCAUACCACUACCGCCGUUCGCUCAGCCCCCAUUCGAGUGGCGCCAACGGACGUCACGCUCUCAAAGCCGUCGAAGGAAGCAGCACCAAGUCUUCCCCCCGAGGGCCCCGGCGCCGCUGUGGACCCCGAGACCACUGCCACUAAACAGGUCCGGAGGCGGUCCAGAGAGCACCAAGCAGUUCGCUGCGGUGGCUGUCGCCAUGGGCACCAGCGGUGGCGGAUCAGUACCGUACCGGCCUCGUGAACCAAACCCAAGGAUCCCGCGCAAGGAGAGCAAGACACCGGCGAGCCACAUGCAUCUACCCCCGUUUCUGGCAGCAGUGUCGAGCAAGCCACCCACCAAGUCACCGUCGCCGAACACCGCGACGCGCGUGCAGGGACCUCCGAGGGCCGCUGCCUUCAAGACCAAGGACUUCGCGUCGACAGUACCACUUCCGUUUCCGCUGAGAGCUGCUUUCGCAGCCAACGAAUGCUGUGCCUCCCCGGCCCUUCCAAAGAGAAAUGAGGCACCCGGUACCAACUCCGGAACCGGCCAAGGUUCCAGUGGCGGCGGCGGAAAGUCCAAGCCAGGCGGAGGUGGAAAUACGACUGCGCGUCGAUCCAACGACGGCGGUGGCGUUCGCGAGUCUGACAUGCUAGGGGCCAAGCCAAAGAAGCCGCCUCGCAUGAAUAACAUGACCUUCACAAAGUCAUCAGAACGGUCAAGUGGAAACUCGUCGUACAACAGCGGCAACAAGGCGUUCAGCCGAGCGCCGCCAUUUAGGAACAGCCCGAGGGUGUACAGUUCCACAGUUCUCAAAGAUUUCAACUCUCCUAGCAAGCAGGACAACGGCCGCGGUACGGCGACUGAUUACAAGCCUAUGCUUUCAGUACCCAGGGAGGCUCCGCCGAAGGAGCAACGAAGCGCACGAAAGGAGAGAAGAGUCAAGUACAAGGCUGAGAUUGUAGGCACUAACAUCAUCGUCACUCAAGAAGAACCAAGCCCAGAGAAGCCCGACACGACAGCUACAACCACUUCGGUCAAAGAGCCAAAGACCUCUUCUCAGGCGUCAGGUGGAGCUGGAGAUAAAAAAGCAGUUCGAGGAAUGUCUUCUAAGGUUCCCGCUUACACCCCGAAUGUUGAGCGUACAGGCUGGAAAGAUCGUGACGAGUCGGCCUUCCAGAGUCGAAUCCUGCACGCAGCUUUGCUUCAUGGAACCAGCGUGGCCAGUGAGGGACGAUUUUCAGUGACCGCCGACUGCCUUCACCCAGUUAACCACUUUUGA